AUGGCAAAUCUUACUAAACGUGAAUUUGUAGCCUUAGAUAUAUCCGGAGACUCUAAUAGCUAUAUGUCUUGGAUUCUUGAUGCCGAGAUUCACCUUAAUGCGAUGGGUCUGGCAGACACCAUUAAAGAUAAAAAUGAGGCAUCCGACCAAGACCGUGCCAAGGCAAUGAUAUUCCUCCGCCAUCAUCUUGAUGAGAAUUUGAAAAUGGAAUAUCUCACGGUUAAAGAUCCUCUUACGCUGUGGAAUGAUCUGAGAGAUAGAUAUGAUCACCUGAAGAUGGUCAUACUACCACAAGCAAAUUAUGAUUGGCUCCAUUUAAGGCUACAAGAUUUUAAAUCUAUUAAGGCAUAUAAUUCUGCAAUGUUUAAAAUUAUUUCUCAGUUAAAAUUAUGUGGUCAAAAUGUUACUGAGCAUGAUAUGCUGGAGAAAACAUUCUCCACUUUUCCCGCCUCGAGUAUGCUCUAA